GCCGGCGCGGCUCGGGGCCGGGCGCCGGAAGGGCCGCCCCCGCCGCCGGUGCGUUCCCCAUGGCCGCCUCCAAUGGCGGGCCGGGCCCCGCCCCGCGGCGAUCAGCUGAGGGCGGCAAUGUCUGGUGACAGGAGCCGCCUCGGCCGCCGCGCUGGGUAUGUGAAUCCAAAUGGAGCGCUCGGAAGGAGGCGAGCAGAGCAAGCAGCGGCAGCCCUGGGGGAAGCUGAUCCGGCUGGGUGCUGAGGAGGCAGAGCCGCACGUCCUGCUGCUGAAAAGGGAAUGGACGAUUGGUCGGAAGAAAGGUUGUGACUUAUCUUUCCCUGGCAACAAGUUGGUGUCUGGAGAUCACUGUAAAAUCAUAGUGGAUGAAGAAUCUGGUCAAGUGUCAUUGGAAGAUACAAGUACUAAUGGAACAGUAAUUAAUAAACUGAAAGUGGUUAAGAAGCAGACAUACCCUUUACAGACUGGAGAUGUGAUCUAUGUUGUUUACAGAAAAAAUGAGCCAGAGAACAAUGUUGCGUAUCUUUAUGAAUCCUUAAACACAAAACAGGAUGCAACUCAAGAAACAGUAGAAGCUAAUGUAGAAAACCAAUGCCAUGUGACCAAAGAUACCUCAAGUACAGGAAGAAGUAAUGAUGAGACCCAAAUUACCUCAUCACCAUCAGCUACUCAGUCUUGCUAUGAGGAACCACAGCCAUCUACUUCUACAUCUAACCUCUUUAAUGCUUCUUCUACCUCUCUUAUUGAGUCUGCAUCUGAGCAGGAUAAUCCUUCUACAUCUGGAUCGCAAUCCUCAGUUUUCACUCCUGUGCCUGCUUUCCCAAUCUUAGAAUCUGUGUGUCUAAAAGCACUGCAUGAUGAACAUGAGAAGCUUGAUGACAACACUGAAACUUCUGCAAUCGCUUCAGAAAUCAAUGACAAAGAAAAAGCAGAAUCAGAUGCUCAAACGACAGGGGAGGAGGAAAUUUUGGAACCUGCAAAGAAGAAACUAAAAGAAGAUGAAGAUUCCUGUCCAAAUGUUCCAGCAGCAGCUCCAAGUGAAUGUAUAAUUAAAAUUGGCUCUGAAGAUGCAAAAACAUCAAAUGUGAAACCGGAUAAAAUGGAAGAAACAUUAACUUGCAUUAUCUGCCAAGAACUGCUGCAUGACUGUGUAAGCUUGCAGCCUUGUAUGCAUACUUUCUGUGCUGCCUGCUACUCAGGAUGGAUGGAGAGGUCUUCUUUAUGUCCAACGUGUCGUUGUCCAGUAGAACGUAUUUGUAAAAAUCACAUAUUGAACAACUUGGUUGAAGCUUAUCUAAUUCAGCAUCCAGAUAAAUGUCGUAAUGAAGAUGAUGUACGUAGCAUGGAUGCUCGAAACAAAAUCACUCAAGACAUGUUGCAACCUAAGGUGCGGAGAUCUUUUUCAGAUGAGGAAGGAAGUUCUGAAGAUUUACUGGAAUUGUCAGAUGUAGAUAGUGAAUCUUCAGAUAUCAGUCAACCAUAUAUAGUAUGCAGACAGUGCCCAGGAUAUCGAAGACACUCUGUUCCAACUCUGCCUGGCACAGGCCAAGAGACAGAAACAGGAGGAAUGCAAGCACUGGGAGAUGCACCCUCUACAUCUGCCAACUUCCCUGCAGCUGUCCAGGAAUACGUGUGUCCUGCUCAAGGAAGUCACGUAAUAUGUACCUGCUGCUUUCAGCCAAUGCCUGACCGAAGAGCAGAGCGUGAACAGAAUCCCCAUGUUGCUCCUCAGCAAUGUACAGUUUGUCUGCAACCCUUCUGUCACUUAUACUGGGGCUGCACUCGGAUGGCAUGUUUUGGCUGUUUGGCACCGUUCUGUGAAAUAAAUCUUGGUGACAAGUGUUUAGAUGGAGUCCUAAAUAACAACCACUAUGAGUCAGAUAUCCUAAAGGAUUACCUGGCAUCCAGGGGUUUGACUUGGAAAAAUAUGUUAAAUGAAAGUCUGUUAGCUCUUCAAAGAGGAGUGUUUAUGUUGUCAGAUUACAGAAUUACUGGGAACACAGUGCUUUGCUACUGUUGUGGCCUUCGCAGCUUUCGAGAACUUGCCUACCAGUACAGGCAGAAUAUUCCUGUUGCUGAAUUGCCAGUGACUGUCACAUCACGUCCUGAUUGCUACUGGGGGCGCAACUGUCGAACUCAGGUCAAAGCACAUCAUGCCAUGAAAUUCAAUCACAUUUGUGAACAAACACGAUUCAAGAAUUGAAUACUUGUAGUCUGUAGAGAGGGGACAAAAACUUGUUUUACUGCUUGUACAGUUUAAGGUUUCAGGGGAUCUUCUCAGUUCUCCCAGUAGCAGGGAAUCAAUAACUUUUGCAUCAGGUAAUCUGGUGUGAACUUUUUAAUUUGUAGAAUUUUACAGCUGAAUAUGAAUAAGGUAGGUUUUUUCCAAGAAAGUCAGCAAGCAUUGCAUUCCAUCCUCAUGACUACAGUGUCCCUGUAUCACUUCAGUGAAGAACACAUACAGAAAUCACACACAAAAACCAGCCAUAUCUUGGGAAGACCUAAGAAUAAGGAGUGUAUUUGCACUACUUGUGAAGAAACUAAGUAAAAUCCUUAGACUUAAAAUAGAAAUGUUUUGUAUAAGUAUCUGAUGAUUAUUUCAAGAGCCAUUAAUAUUUAAAAAGGAAAUUGUCAGUGUAUAUUUGUAACUGCAUUUUGCGGUAGUCUGAUAUUUUGUCACUACCCUUUGCAUUUGGGCUAGAAAUACAUUAAUCUUCACUUAAAAAGAAAUUCCGUCCAUUAAACAGCUGUUUCAGCUUAAAGCUUCUACCAUAUGUGCAGUGUUAUAGUGGAAGAAGUACAGUUUCUUUUCUUAGUUUUGUCGUGUUGAUGGUUUUUAUUCACGUUAAAUUACAAAAAUAAUUGCACAAAAAAAUUGAAAAUCACAUUUAAAGUUGGGGUAAUACUUGAAGCAAAACAGACUUCUGCUAAUAUUACUUCUGUAGUAUUUUAUAUCAGAAAACCAAACCGUGCUUUUGACAUAGAACAGCAGCCAGUAGGACACUGGUUCAUUUUUUUGUAUUUCUUUUUUGGUUUGAUAUUGUAUGCUGAGUAUGUACCUCUGCCAUGCAGCUGUUCUCUAGCAUGCAUACACUGGUAAAAAAAAAAAAAUGUAGAAAAAGCUGUAAUUUAAAACUGAAUAUAGCGGCUUUACUGGAAAGAACAAUCUUACAGAAAAUAAUUACUUGGAGAAAUUGUAGCAAUAUGGAGGCAUUUCUGUAGGGAUAGGGAUGAUGAAGGGGAACACUGGUGUUGCUGACAUAAAUAACAUAGAUCUUAUUUUCAUGCCUUUUGCAGAGUUCAUUCAGGAAAUGUCCCACGCAUCAUUUAAAAAAAAAAAAAAUCCACCACCACCCCUCCCUGCUCCCCCAAAUGAUUUGAUCUGAACUGUUUCAUAAUAAUUUCGUAGUUAAUGUUCACAAAGCUCAACUGGGACCAAUUUCUCUUUUUCAUCAUACUUAGAAGAGUGAAACAGAAUGAGAAGAAAGCAUACAAAGUUACCUCUGUAGAUACCAUGUUGUUUUUAAGUAUGCCUUACUUGUGAGUAGGAUUUAUACUGCAAUGUUAAAAAGUGUACACACUAUCUUGCGAUGUAAUGGAGCACAAAUGAUGCAGCACAUCACGUCUACUGGUGUCAGUGAAUUAGAAAACAAAAACUAUUUCCAGUAAUGCACAUCUUAAUAUGAAUGCUAAUUAAAAUUAUGCAUUUAUGUUUAGAUUUUUAUUUUUUAAAAUAGCUGCCGCAAGGCUGGGUCUGCUGACCAUGUCCGUAUGCUAUUAAAAAUACACUUUGGAGUGGACUUCUCUUCCUAGUCUCUGGGCAUUUUCUCCUAUGAGUAGGAUUGAAAUUGGAUCUGGAAUAAUACUUGAAACUUCUUUUAACAACAACAGUGUGUUUCUGUCUUUUAGUAUUAUUAACAAUGUUCUGUUGCUUCUGUAUUUGUACUUUAUGUUUAGAUUUUUUUAAUGGUUAUUGUAUCUUCUCAGGACAACCAUUCCCAGCUGUUUUUGAUCUCAUUUUUCAUCUCUGGCUGUGCAUGUAGCAAAAUGAGUGCAGUUGUAGAGAUCAAGCCUUUGCACAUUAUAUGCAGAAAUGUGCUUUGCAUUCUCAUUCACCACUUCCCACACCCCAGAUGGGCUUUCAGCAUAGACUUGUCACUGUGCUAGUGUUCAAGCCUCUUGUGCUGAAUUUUUUUGGUCAAAAGUAGUAUCUACAGUACUAUGUACAACCUCACUUGCACUUGCUGAAGUUAUGUUUGUGUAGGGAUAUAUUAUGUGACAAAAAAAAAAUCUGGAAAAAAAAAGUGGAACUUAGGUACUUAACAUCUAAACUACCUGUGCAGUAGAGGUUCUUCAAAUUCCUUUUAAAAAACCCUUUUCCCUGUUAUAGGUAAUUGAUCUGCCUUUCUAUGCAUAUAGGGUUGCAGUAGUGCAAUGGAAUGAAGGGAUUUUUUUUUUUUUUUUUGUCAUUUGUAUUGUACCAGGAAGAGAUGAGAAAUUAACUUGCAGAUGGGGAGGGUGAAUACAUCCUGAUCUUUAUAUGCUCUUAAGUAAGUAAGAGUAUCUGUCAUGGGUAUUACAUACUCUAUACAUUAGACCUUUUUAAAUGUAUGGUUACCAGGUGAUAGUUAAUGUGAUAAAUGUAUGAACUAUGCUUGGUGUAAUGGUUUCAAUACUGUAAAGGUGCAGCAUAUUUUUUAACCUGUCUAAAGCACACCCCCACCUCCUUUAUAAGAGAUAUUUGGAAGGUGAGCAUGAAAUGUAGUAGAAUAGAUGUUGUGAAAACCAGGGUGAUUAUGAUAGAGUUUGACAUAGUGGUAAAUAAGGUACAUAGUCUCUUUGAGAAAGUUCUUUUAUAAAGAAGGUGGAGUGUAGUUCUUCCAGUUCUCUUUUGUGAUUUAUUUUUUUUUCCUGAACUAAGAAGUUAUUAAUUAAAAACAAAAAUGUUCACUGAA